UCGCGAGUAUUCGCUUUUGGAUUCCAUCAGUCUUCUCAGCGACAUACCCGAAAGCCCGAAAUCAACGUAGAAAGUAACGAAGUUCUCACUUUCUCUCUCGCACAGAGAAAGCGAGGGGGAUUCAACCUUUUCAUUUCUAUUUCUGGCCGCCGAUCGACCGUCAACGACGAGGAGCAACUACCGGAGGAAGAUCCGAUCUGAUCUGAUCCGAUCUGAUCUCACCUGGAAAUUUCUCCCUUUUUACAUAUGUUUGAAUACAUUUCUCCAUUUAUGUUGCAAAUUCAAUUCUCCCGAUGGAAUGAGUGAAGCGUGUCAAAAAAUUUGAUUUUGGUUUGUGUAAUGCAAUUUCUGUGCGUCUUUUAGGUUUAGGUUAAUUCUGCAAGAAAUUUGGAUUAUCCUAGAAAAACGUGUAAUACCUUAACCUAGGGUUUAUAAAUUCAAGCUGCAAAUUUGGGGUUUCUUCGGUUGUGCAUGAAGAUUUGGUGUUGUUUAUGCUUCGGCGAAGAAGAAGAAGAAUAUAAGAAGCGAGAGACGAUGGGGGAAAGGAAGGGCAUUUUGGGAAAUCUUGAUUUUGAUGAGGGUAAGUCUGAAGAAAUAAGACACGACGAGGAAUUAGGGUCUGGUAAACCAAGGGAUGAAGAUGACGGAGGAAAGUUUCGAUUGCAGCCUGGGGAGGGCACUUCUAGAGGUAGUAACGUGGAUGUCAAUUUGAAUUUGAGCUUGGGAGGAGACCCUUCGUCUUCAUCAGCUGCUGCAGUGCUUGAAAGAGAUGGUCUUGAUCGUGAUAGUCACAGUAAACGUCCCAAAGUUCAUUCUCUUGCACUGGAUUGUGAUAGCUUUCUUCUAUCUAUGCCUUUUCAAGAAAACAUGAGUGAUGAAUAUGAGAGAAUGCAUAAUAGCUUAGGUAACUACCUUUGUUCAGCAUCUGAAGACGAAGGAAGUCCUUUAAUGUCUAAUAUUUGGAGAAUGGAGGAAGAUGAAAAUGUACAAGAGGAGAUGGAUGAUCGAGAAAUUCGAAUGGAUCUUACUGAUGACCUGUUGCAUAUGGUCUUUUCUUUCUUGGGCCACAUUGAUCUCUGUAGAGCAGCUGAGGUCUGUAGGCAGUGGCGCAUGGCUAGUGCACAUGAAGAUUUCUGGAGAAUCUUGAACUUUGAAAACCGAAAUAUAUCUCCACUACAAUUUGAAGAUAUGUGUCAUCGAUAUCCAAAUGCUACUCAAGUAAACAUUAACGGGUCUCCUGCUAUACAUACACUUGUCAUGCAAGCAAUCUCUUCCUUAAGGAAUCUUGAAUUCUUAACUUUGGGAAAAGGACAGUUAGGGGAGACAUUUUUUCAAGCUUUAACCGAUUGCACUAUGCUAAAGAGUUUGAUUGUGACUGAUGCUAUUCUUGGAAAUGGCAUUCAGGAGAUACCCAUAUACCAUGACACUUUGCGACACAUUCAAAUUGUUAAAUGCCGCGUGGUCCGUAUUUCUGUCAGGUGUCCCCAACUUUUGACAUUGUCAUUGAAGAGAAGCAGCAUGGCACAUGCUGUACUAAACUGUCCUCUUCUUAAUGAUCUUGAUAUAGCAUCUUGUCAUAAGCUUCUAGAUGCUGCAAUUCGGUCAGCAGUAACAUCGUGUCCUCUUGUGGAAUCCUUGGACAUGUCGAACUGUUCUUGUGUUAGUGAUGAGACACUUCGUGAGAUUUCAUUAACUUGUGCCAAUCUCCAUAUCCUGAAUGCAUCAUACUGCCCAAACAUCUCCCUUGAGUCUGUAAGGUUGCCAAUGCUGACUGUUCUCAAGCUUCAUAGCUGUGAAGGCAUAACUUCUGCUUCUAUGGCUGCUAUUUCUCAUAGUUAUAUGUUAGAGGUUUUGGAGCUUGAUAAUUGCAGUUUAUUGACAUCAGUCUUCUUGGAUCUUCCUCGUUUGCAAAAUAUCAGACUUGUACAUUGUCGCAAAUUUGUGGACUUACGUUUAAGAAGUGCUGUAUUAUCAUCCAUCAAAGUCUCGAAUUGCCCUUCACUGCAGCGAAUCAACAUCGUAUCAAACUCACUACAAAAACUAGUCUUACAAAAACAAGAAAGCUUGACUUCCUUAGAGCUGCAAUGUCAACGUCUACAAGAAGUUGACCUCACAGACUGUGAAUCUUUGACCAAUUCAAUCUGUGAAGUUUUUAGCGAUGGCAGUGGAUGCCCCAUGCUCAAAUCCUUAAUCCUUGAUAACUGCGAGAGCUUGACAGAGGUGGAAUUCUGUAGCAAUUCUUUAACAAGUCUCUCACUUGCUGGAUGUCGUGCCAUUACUUCACUUGAGCUAACUUGUCCUUAUCUAGAACAAGUCUCUUUAGACGGAUGUGAUCAUCUUGAAAGAGCCACCUUCAGUCCAGUUGGCCUUCGGUCUCUCAAUCUGGGAAUAUGUCCAAAACUAAACUCCCUGAAAAUCGAAGCACCAACAAUGGUGUUACUGGAACUCAAAGGAUGCGGUGUCUUAUCAGAAGCUUUAAUAAACUGCCCUUUAUUAACUUCUCUCGAUGCCUCCUUUUGCAGCCAACUGAAAGACGACUGUUUAUCCGCAACCGCUGCUUCAUGUCCUCUGAUCGACUCACUAAUCUUAAUGUCAUGCCCAUCCGUGGGCCCCGAUGGCCUCCUAUCUCUUCGUUGGCUUCCAAAUUUGACCUCACUCGAUCUCUCCUACACCUUUUUAACAAACUUACAGCCUGUAUUCGAUUCAUGUCUGCAGUUAAAGGUUUUGAAGCUGCAAGCGUGCAAGUAUCUGACUGACACGUCACUGGAGCCGCUUUACAAAGAUGGGGCCCUUCCUACUUUGCGUGAACUGGACUUGUCAUAUGGAAGCUUGUGUCAGGCUUCCAUUGAAGAGCUUCUUGCUUGUUGUACUCAUUUGACUCAUGUCAGUUUAAACGGGUGUGUCAAUAUGCAUGACUUGAAUUGGAGUUUUAGUACUUCUCAAGAUGAACAACAGCAGCCUGAACGUUUGCUACAAAAUCUUAACUGUGUUGGGUGUCCGAAUGUUAAGAAAGUCUUGAUCCCUUCAGUUGCACGUUUUACUCAUUUGUCAUCUUUGAACAUUUCACUCUCUGCAAACUUGAAGGAAGUUGAUGUCGCGUGUUGUAAUCUAUGCUUCCUCAAUUUAAGCAAUUGCAGCUCGUUGGAAAUCUUGAAGCUCGACUGUCCGAGGUUAACUAGCCUCUUUCUCCAGUCUUGCAAUAUUAGUGAAGAAGCGGUUGAAUCUGCUAUAUCACACUGUAACAUGCUGGAGACUCUGGAUGUCCGCUUUUGUCAAAAGAUAAGUCCAUCGAGUAUGGGAAGAUUGCGGGCAGCCUGCCCGAGCUUGAAGCGCAUAUUCAGCAGCCUUGUGCCAAUUUGAGCAGAUUACAAGAUGUCUGGAACUCUGGAUUCUGGAAGAAUUAUCUCUACAAACAUUCUAAGUAUUAAAUUAAGGAUGUUGCAAGUGUUGUGGUGUUGUUUGUUUCAAGUAUGUUUUUUUUUUCUUUUUAAUUUAUUAAAGCAUAUAAAAGCUUUGAUGUGAUGGUUACCUAGAGUGUUGUAAUAAACGGUUUCCGUAUUUUAAUGAUUUUAAGUUUUGUCA